AUGGAAGGAAGAACACCAGAUGCCACUAUCAUAGACUUGUAUUCAGUUUUUCUCAUUUCAAGAAAAACUGGAAAGCCUCAUGCCUUGAGACCAUACAGGUUCAUAAUUAACGCAGUUCAAAGACGGCGAAAGAGUUAUGCUGAUAAUCGCCGACGUGAGUUAGAAUUUGAGGUCGGGAACAAAGUGUUUUUGAGGAUAGCACCAAUGAAAGGAGUUAUGAGAUUUGGAAAAAAGGGCAAGUUGAGCCCAAGAUAUAUUGGGGCCUUUGAGAUUCUGGAUCGGGUUGGGCCGGUGGCUUAUAGAGUAACACUCCCACCUUCACUUGCGGGGGUGCAUAAUGUAUUCCAUGUGUCCAUGUUGAGGAAAUAUGUCCUCGACCCCAGCCACAUUAUUGAUUAUGAGCCACUGCAGAUUCAGGAAGAUAUGACUUAUGCUGAAGAACCAGUGCGAAUUUUAGAAAAGAAAGCACAUGUGUUAUAG